CUCCAAGAUCUACCAGUAGAUCUCGAUCUGCUGGUUGGUGACGACUGCUGUAAAGAGACAAAGUUGGUGAGGUAAUGUUUCUUAUUGACUCAACUUCUGUUUGUGCAAGAGACAAGCUUACACAGAACUUACACAUGACCUGAAGAAGAGUUCUGUGUAAACUUCAAAGCUUGUCUCUCUCACCAACAGAAGUUGGUCCAAUGAAAUAUGUUACCUUCCACCUAGUCUCUUUAAUAUCCUGGAACUGACAGGCCCAUAGAACUGCAUACUGUGGGUAAGCAUGAAGGGUAGCUGAUGAGCCCAGGCUCAUUAAUUAACUGUGUGCACGGUUACACUUUCACAUCCAUGUAAUACAAAUAUGUUGCUUUUAGAGGGAUAAGUGUAGUAAAUGUUAUGUAAUUGUGACAACCAGUUAUUUGAACAUAUCUGAAAUAGCUUUCUUCAUAAAUCACUGCUUGAAACCAAAAUCCCAGUCUCCUGUCUAAGCAAACACAUAGCCUUCAACAAAUACUUGACUUUCAACUCUCAUCUGUCCUUUGAGGAACAAUCAGCUGAGAAUGACCAACUUCCUUUUAAAUCUAUGUUGCUUUUAGCUGAAUAGUCUUAGUCACAGUUUCCAUGCUAUGUAGUCUCUUGCGAUCUCAGCUCAGACUUUUUCUCUUUGAUUUGUUUUCCUUGAAUGAAAUGACAUACAGUGUCUGAUGAAGAACAGCCAGUGGUGUACGUGCCAGGGCUUUCUUCAGAAGGAAAUUUAAGAACGAGACAUGUUGUAAAGGGUCGAAAAAGCGAAGCUAAGCUGAAGGUGCUGGGAGCUGCUCCUUCUGUUUCCAUGGAUCCCGUUCCAAGCACAGGAGACCCAACAGGACAGCAGGUCACUAAUGAAGGAGGAGCGAAGAGUGCUUCUUUAAAGGAUUUAUGUCCCGAGGACAAGAGGCGCAUUGCAAACUUAAUUAAAGAACUUGCCAGAGUAAGUGAGGAAAAGGAAGAGACAGAAGAGCGACUGAGAGCAGAACAGGAGUCAUUUGAGAAGAAGAUCAGACAGCUAGAAGAGCAGAAUGAACUUAUCGUCAAGGAAAGGGAAGCUCUGCAGCAGCAGUACAGAGAAUGCCAGGAACUUCUGAGCCUGUAUCAGAAGUAUCUAUCUGAACAGCAAGAAAAGCUAACGGCCUCUCUCUCGGAGCGUGGUGCUGUCAAGCUGAAGGAGCCGCAGGUGUCCAACAAGAAGAGUCCGUGCCAGCUGCCACCUUUGGAACUGGAUGGUUCCUAUCUAAGUAUAGCAAGACCACAGAUGUUACACAAGAACAAUAAAACAUCACAGCCUGGAAGUCCAGUCCUGUUUUCAGUACCUCAGGACUGUAGAAAUAAUCAUGCAUAUGGGACUGCGACCCACUACAACCAAAAGGAAGUUCUGAAUGAAUGUCCAGUGGAAAAUGGCUUUCAUCGAAAAUGUAACAAUAGGAUGUUGUCAGCAAUGCCAAGUGCCCCAUACCACACACACGUGGCUCCUGAUGUGGGCCGGAGGAUGAGUGAUUUUCAGAACACUUGUUCUCAGCAAAUGAGUCAUUGUGCCUGUAGCCAGCCAGGAAGCUCAGAGAAUGUUUGGGAUAACCAAAAGGUCAGCCAUGGACCCAAAAGACAUUCUGGGUCACUUCCUGAAACCUGGGAUUACCUGAGACUUUCUCGAGUGCCUGGGAUGAAUGACAGUGUAGACUCUGGAUCAAAAGAAACCGAGCACAGUAAAAGGCUCUCUGAGGAAAGAAGGCAGCAGCUUCUGCUGCAGAAAAUGGAGCUGGAAGUUGAAAAGGAACGUCUCCAACAUUUGCUCACUAAGCAGGAAGCAAAACUACUUCUGAAGCAGCAACAGCUGCACCAAUCCAGGCUGGAUUACAACAGAUUUAAAGGCCAAGCUCCUGAUUCCGAAGUAGUCGCUGACAAAACUCCAGGUGGGCCGGGGGGACCAGCCCUUAUGAUGAACGGUACUGGCAGGGGGCUAAGCUUUCCCGUGUCUAAGGGUGAAGAUUGCCUUGCAGGAGCACCAGCUCUAGGCAAAGCAUCCAAAACUCCAGGGAGCAGCUUGGGGAGGAGAGCGGUUGGUUUUUGUGCAAGCGUGGAGGAAGGAGCCAUGUGGAUGCAUGGAAGGACGGAAAGCGGAAGGUCUAGAAGAGGGACAGCCUUGGGAUCUCGAAAGGAUGCAGCUACCUCUCCUGUACUGACAGGCAGCAGAAAAGAGCUUGUAACCACAGCCACAUCACCAAUCCAGCAUGACAUUUCACGGUAUGAGGCCUCCCUUAUUGACCUGGUUGAAGCAAUGAGUCCAAUCGCUGCCCCGAGACACCCCCGCAGAGAAUCUUACGACUGGAAUGACGCCCAGGCCCUUCGGAACGGGAGCCCCAGAAAACCUGGUUGGUGCCAAGUCCCUCAUGGUACCCGAAGCGAAAUAGAGGAGCUUGAGGAGAGCCGGAUCCUGGAGGAUAUUUUCUUCAUUUGACGAGGCUCGUUGCUCUGCAGCCAUCCUGCAGGAUUUUUAGGACCUUGUUCCUGUUUCUGCUCUGGGUUUGUUUGUCGCACUAUCACUUUUAAAUUAUUUGAUUGACAAGUAAUUGCCUCUCUUCUUGACAAGGAGUUAGCACAGUAGCUUCCUCUUUCACUUCGAAUUUAGUAAUCAUGCUGCAAGAAUAACUUUUUUUUUGGACAGUCCAAUCAGAAGGAAUUAGUAAAUUUUUAGUAAACUCUUCUUGUGCCAAGCAAUUAUUCUAAAAUAUAAUUAAAUCCACAGCAUUUUGGAGUCGAUUGAAGUCAUAGCUUAGCCAGCCCUCAUAUCAGAAGUAUAUUUCAUUAUCGAUUUUGUUUGCUAUAAAGCAGUUUGCAAGAGCUGCAAAACACACGAGAGCCACUGAAUUUCAAUUAGAUUAGUUCUAAUUAAAAAGCAGCCUGUUUAAUACCUAACAAUGUUACAAAGGUGUAAGCACUUUGAGUACUGUUUCCAAUGACGCUGUGAUCUACCAUUGCCAUCAGCCUUCUGAUAUUUACUGUGCUGUGAUUUUAGGGAGCGUAUACUCAGCUCACUUGUACAAUGUCUAAUAACACUAAUGGAUAUUUGCAGGGUUCAUGCACCGUGCACGUGUUUGAAAACAGUCUUCCUUAAAUCAGUGCUAUUUGACAUAGUAUGUGCUGGGAACCUUAUUGCCAACUCCUUAAAUAUCUCAUACCACCAGGCAGUGUAGAGGUCCAAACUGUAUUUGAUGUACUCUUCAAAAUGAGAGAUAUAGUGUUAUAGAGUGAAAAUAGUACUAAGGCAUUUUCACUAACGUGCGCUAUUUUGAUGCCAUUUCCAGGUAAAUAAGACAAAUCCAUAAUUAUUUCUACUAGCAGCUCGUAAUGCACGUUUCCCUGCCGGCUUUAAUUAUUAAUGCUGUAUCUAUUUCAGUUUAUUUAAACACACUCCCAUCUACUUCAUGCACUUGGUUAUUUAAGGAAAUGUGCAGAAUGAGUAAAAAUGACUGCAGAUUACAGGAUGAAUGGUCAUUUUCUGCACAAUGCAGUGUUCAUAUUUUAUUGUAACAGUGUAGCCACUGGCAUGUGUUCCUAGAAAUAGGAAGCUGAAAUAUUCCUUUCACGCAAUAAAAGCGCAGCUAGAGAAAGCCGGAAUCAGAGCGGUACAGACAAGUUCUGGGCUCUUUGUUCCCAGUCGCUGGUGCAUGGACCGGUACUGCUCUUUCAGGCUUUAUGACCGGUCCUCUAUGUGCCCGCUCCAUACCGCCAUGGAGGAGAGCCCCUGGACUUGUCUCUGAUGCACUGCUGUAGUCUGCCAUCUCCAGUGCCACCCUGAAACUUGGCGGCACGGCCCAAGUUGCUUCCCUUGCUGCCAUAGGCGCACCAGGCAGUGUGUGGAACGUGUCUUGAUUAAGGGCGUGAUUUGAGGAACUGAAACCUUGUAACCGAUUAUUUUUUAAGGCAUUUCUGGGAAUUCUGGGGUAGGCAUCCCUCCUCGCGAGCAGCCCCAGCUCUUAAACUACCCGUGCGGGAUGGCAGCAGGUUAUGUGUUCCGAGCCACAGGGCAAAUGGGAUUCUGUGAAGGCCAACAGUACCAGAGGGCUCCUGUAACGAGGAACUAAAGAGGGCAAUGGAGAGGGAAAUACCACACCCUCCAUUAUUCCCAAACAUUUUUUUCCUGAUCCAAUGUCACUUACAAAUCAGUUGACGUCUUUUUCUUGCAUCACAGCUGAAUUUUAAAAGCGGGCUGGAAAAGUACGAGGACAGAGCCCGGUGAAAAAUUGCUCCCAUAGACCUCCGUUUCUUUCCAGGCCUUCCUAUGGAGAGCUGAGCUCUCUAUCAGCAUCCUGCCAUGAUGUAUCCCUCCCUUAAUCCACCAGGGAACAAGUUUUAUCUAGGAAAUUCUGUCGUAAGGUCCCAUAGACCAGGCAGAUAACCCUUUACAGGCUGGAUGGGGAGUCUCUCUCCAGCACCACUGCUCACAGGGCACAAUAGGUCAAGUUUAAAAUAAUUUGCUCCGGUGUUAGAAAGAAAGGGAAACAUUCAGGAGAGGCAGUUGGUAUUUGGGGAAAACCAGGAGGGAAUAGACAACAGAGCAUGGGUUUGAAUUUUUUUUUUUUUUUUUAAGAAAUGCUUCUCUGGGUCUACACCACAUGUUAGCCUUCCGUUUCUGAUCUGGGUCGAGACCGAACACCUUCACUUUAUGUUCCUCUCCAGACUGCCUGGAUCUUGUUUCCUUUUUUUAAACAAACACUAACAGAGAUUUUAAAACUGCAGAAAUAAUGUUUGAAAGGUGCCUUUGCAUACACAUGCUUGAAUUCUGCAUAGGGACAGGGCGCUUUUCAGUGCUUCCUGGGUGCCAAUAUUUAACCCCUCUCUGAUUUUUAAUGAUUCAUGUUGUCCAUUAAUUAUUUGAACUCUGAUGUUUUUGUCUGGAAUCUGUAUUUUGGUGUUAAUUGUAUUUUAAAUGGACAUUCAUUGCCAAGGUUUUGGGCCUCAUGACCACUCUUCAUCUGUAGGAGUUGUAUGUGAAGCAUGUUUUGCAUAUUAUAGCAAAGAAUUCUGGAAUGAAGAGAUUCAAAUG